AUGUGGAACGACGAGGAUAACAAUCCCUACGGGGCCUUUGAUCAGCACCAGUCGCAUCUUUCCGACUCUCUCCACUCAGCUGCGCUGUCUCCCCCUCUCUACGCACAGGAUUCUACUCCUCCAUCUAGCCGGGACUCUAAUGUCGAUCCUCCUGAAUACAUCACCAACCCCGAAGACCUCAGUGAUCCCGAGGAUGAGGCCGAAUAUGGAGCCGCAAGCCAACAAUACCCCCGGAAGAGUGUUUACGACAGCCGGAUUGAGCAGAUCUUAUAUGAAAACCCGGAGAUGCCAAUUCUCAUUACUGACGCUGGCAAGAAUCAUGAGAGUGGAGGUGGUUUUAUUGUUUACACUAUCCGGACUGCGGAUCUGGAAGUGCGUCGCCGAUACUCCGAGUUCGCCUCUUUACGUCAAACACUCGUUAACUUGCAUCCCACUCUUGUUGUUCCGCCGAUUCCCGAGAAGCAUAGCAUGGCGGACUAUGCGGCUAAGCCCACCAAGGCCAAAGAAGACACAGCAAUUAUCGACCUCCGGAAGCGCAUGUUGAGUGUCUUCCUCAACCGAUGUAGACGAAUGAAAGAAAUUCGGGAAGAUGGAGUGUGGUGGAGAUUCCUCGACCCAAACGUCAGCUGGAGUGAGGUUUUAGCUUCCCAUCCCGCAUCAUCUGUUCCGAAGAAUAAUCUUAAAGCGCCUCCUCUUGAUCCUGCCAACCCGACACCAGCCCAUGGAUGGCUGCCAGUUCCAUCUUCAUCCGCAAAGCUCAAGCCCAGCGGCGGAGUUGCGACAUCGACUGGAGGUCCAGCAUCACCUUCUUCAGCCGAGCCAGAAGGUCCCCCACCCUCAAUCCCAGGACCUGACAUCCUUGGGCGUUUCCCCCCCGAAUCGCGGAAGCUUAGCGAGCCAGAGCUGGAUCCAUACUUUAUUAACUUUGAAGCAUCUACGCGUGAGCUAGAACUUCUUCUCCAGGGCAAUAUAGAGAAAGUCAAUCGCCGCACCCUUUCACAUCUGUCCUCUCUCUCCGCCGACCUCAUGGAGCUGGGAGCUCGUUACAAUGGAUUUUCUCUCUCCGAGCAAUCUCCAACAGUGGCUGCUGCCAUUGAGAGGAUUGGACAAGCUGCUGAUACUUCGUACAUUGAAACCGAAGAGUUGUCAUCGGCCUUGAGUGCAAGCUUCGCCGAACCUAUGCGAGAAAGCGCACAGUUUGCUAGUGUGGUUCGCGGCGUUCUGCGAUACCGCGUGCUCAAGCGGGUACAACAAGAAAUGACCCGAGACGAGUUAGCCAAGAAGAAGACUCUUCUGGACUCACUGGAGCGCAGUGAGCUGGAAGCCAAGCGCAUUGAGCAGUAUCUCAACCGCACCACGCCUCAACCUGGCGGUACCAAACCCCGUUCUCUGUCGACCUCGUCCGCCGUCAGUAGCGAGACUGGCCACGAGUCCUCUGCCAACUCCCAGUUACCCCCUACGCAUGACGAUUCCUACGGCCACCCGCCUGUGUCUCAAACCGGAGGAGCCAAGUCGCCGUCAACUCCUGCUCACCGCAAGACUUCAAGUGGAAAUUUUGUGACGAACAAAAUAUUCGGUCGCAUUAGCCAUGCUAUUCAUGGAUUUGCUGAUGUGGACCCGGAACGAACACGUCGGGACCAGAUCGGUAAGACGAAAGAAAGUCUUAUUCAGUUGGAGCAAGCAUUGGAGGUAUCCGAAAAGGAUGUCCAGGACGCCAGUGCCGGCGUUCUCCAAGACCUCAAACGCUUCCAGAAGGACAAAGAAGCCGAUCUGCGGCGGUACAUGGUUGCAUAUGGUCGUUGCCACUUGGACUGGGCGCGGAAGAAUUUAGAGACCUGGACUGAGGCCAGAGACGAGGUGGACAAGAUCGUGGCUCGGUAG